UUCUUUGUCCUCGCCCAGCAGUUCAACCAGCACCACUGGAGAAGCAGUAGUCUCCUCAAAGGAGAAGGAGAAAAAAACAACCCAAGGGCCUGAUAUUUGAUGCAAAGGGUUUCAUUUCCAGAGAUUAAACAGAAGACAACUUUCAGGAUACCAGAAGACAUUUUGAAGGUAAAAACAUCCCACAAAGAAAACGCGUCGGCAGCAUCACCGGUAACUUCCUGAUAACUUCCUUCAUCCUGCAGCAAAAUGAGCUGGAGCUUCCUCACUCGUCUGCUGGAUGAGAUUUCCAAUCACUCGACCUUUGUGGGCAAGAUCUGGCUCACCCUCCUCAUUGUGUUCCGGAUCGUGCUGACGGCGGUCGGCGGCGAGUCCAUCUACUAUGAUGAACAGAGUAAAUUUGUGUGCAACACGCAGCAGCCUGGGUGUGAGAACGUUUGCUAUGAUGCGUUUGCACCUCUUUCGCACAUUCGAUUCUGGGUGUUUCAGGUGAUCAUGAUCACCACGCCCACCAUCAUGUACCUCGGGUUCGCCAUGCACAAAAUCGCUCGCAUGGACGACGAUGACUACAAGCUCCAGGGCAAGAAGGGGAUGCCAAUGGUUAAGCGUGGAGUCAACAGGGAUUACGAAGAGGCAGAGAAUAAUGGGGAGGAGGAUCCCAUGAUCACGGAGGAGAUCGAGCCAGAUAAGAAGGAAGUUGCAAGCAAGCCAACAGAAAAGCACGACGGCCGGCGUCGCAUCAAGAGAGAUGGGCUGAUGAAGGUCUAUGUCUUUCAGCUGCUAGCGCGCGCCAUCUUCGAGGUGUCGUUUCUGUUCGGGCAGUACAUCCUCUACGGGCUGGAGGUGGCGCCAUCCUACGUGUGCACCCGCUCUCCUUGCCCACACACGGUGGAUUGUUUCGUGUCACGUCCUACUGAGAAGACCACCUUCCUGCUCAUCAUGUAUGCUGUCAGCGCUCUGUGCCUGUUCUUCACCAUGCUGGAGAUCCUUCAUCUUGGUGUCAGCGGGAUUCGGGACUGUCUCUGCAGGCCGCGGCCUCGCCCUACCCCGCGCCACCCGGCCCUGGCCAGCCAGGGAACCUCGAUAUGCCGCCAGCCCUCGGCACCUCCAGGUUACCACAAUGCUCUAAAGAAGGACCCGUCUGGAAAAACGGGCUUCAGGGAUAACCUCGGAGACUCGGGCCGUGAGUCCAUUGGUGAUGAGGCAUCGUCUCGGGAGCUGGAGAGGCUGCGCAGACACCUGAAACUGGCUCAGCAGCACCUGGAUUUGGCGUACCAGAACGAGGAAAACAGCCCGUCCCGCAGCAGCAGCCCAGAGUCCAACGGCACUGCAGCGGAGCAGAACAGACUAAACUUUGCCCAGGAGAAACAGAGCAGCACCUGUGACAAAGGUCUGCGUGCAUAACUUAAGACAAGCAGUGAGGACAGAAAGGGAAAGGAUUGACUUGCUUGAGGUGGGUGAAGAGCCAAAGCCUUCCACUGUUACAUCCCACUGUGGUGUCAUCUCAACUCAGCAGAACUGCACACGGCAGACCCAAAGUGCUUAUUAUCUGCCGGCGUGCAACAAAACUGGUAAAGGUUGACAUGUACAUCUCCCUCAGGGCAGCUAAUGUUUAGAUACUAUAUGGAUAUUUUAUUAUGAAACUUGUCAUUUCUAUCUUUUUAUUGUUGUGGUCUGUGUAAAUCUCAAGUUGGCCUUAGACUUGUACUGGAAUUUUGUUAAGGAAGGGCCAAGCCAGUCGUUUUGUAACUUUUGUACUUUAUGAGAAUGAGUUGGGUGAUUGUAGAAGCGAACAAAAGGUUGAACAGGGCGCCUCAAAUCAAAGACAGGUACUGGGAGUUAUCUUAUGAAGACUGUACAAGAUGUUGAUCGUCACACAAGGGCUCCUCUCAAGUGUCUACUUUUCUUUUUGUCUUCAACAAUAAGUGUUGGUCCUGAUCCGAUCAGCCUUUCCACUCUUGGAACACGUGGCCUGUAUUGUGAAAAUAUGGUUCUGUUUCUUUACACAUGGUCAGUUUUAGGCCAUCUUUGAAACAUUCCCUCAGUACUUCUUUACAUUAUUUUAGAUUAAAGUGAAACUUCUGAACAAAUGAUCAAACUCCUUCCUUCUUCAGGCUUUGGUGUGUUGAUUUAUAGCGUAGAUUAUUUGGGUUCCUGUGCUGUGAAAUUUCAGCACAGGAACCUGUUUUUUUUUUUGUUUUUUUUUCUGAAGGUCUGGAUUAGUACAAAAAAGGAAAAUAAGAAUUUGGAAAUUUUCCUUGUUUACUUGUGCGCUACCUCCCUUGUAUCCAUCUUUCCUUUCUUUCCUGUGCCCUUACUAGUUUCCCUCUGAUGUUGAUGCCUUUCCAUCCUUGUGUCCCUUCAUCUGCCCUCAUGUCCUUCUAUCAUUCACUCUUUCCUUUCAUUUUCCUUCUGUGUCCUGUGCUCUUUGCGUCAUAGCGCCGUCACUCCUGUCCUAUGUGUUUGUGUUCCCCCUUCCUUCCUUGAUUCCUAUCUUCCCACUUUUCAUGUUUUUUAGCUGGCUCCAUAGUUAAAGCCCUAGCCACUAAAGAACUAUUUGCCAUAACUUCACAAUGAACUUUAGUACUUCGAACAUGAAGAACUGAGACGUCUGUGACGUGAGAAAGAAGCCUGGAUAUGCGUGUUUUUCUGAGUUAGAUCCACUUUGCAUCCGUAUCUGCUUGUUUUUCCGUUUGCUUUGCUAUCACUCCUGUCCUUCUGUUUGGUUUUUCUACCGUGUGUCCCUCCUUCUUAUACCCUUUGUGUUCUUCCUUCCUUGAGAAGGAAGAACACAGCUUGGAGCUGUGUUUGUUGUGCUGCUCUGUAUGAUCCCAGUCACGGUGAAGGAAUCUUGAGCUGUGAACCUUCUUCCCAGUACAGGCCUCUCAUUGGUAACUGGAACACUUGAGGUGCCUUUGUCCAAAGGAAUAAACAAACCUGGGUAAUGCUUGAAAUAUCAGAACCAUGUUACUCUUGAUAUUGCCAUGUGUUGUUUGAAAAUGUUUGAAACUGUUGUUUUUGGAUUCUGAGUAUUGUUGUUGUUUAUUUUAAAGGAAUGACGUUCACUACUGUCUCCGCCCCCCUGGGCCGGAUUCUGAGUGAACCCUUGCAUUCUCACAGCUGUUGGGUUCAGUUUAAAAGAUAAAGUGCAGCAGUUUUAGGGGGUUUUAAACCGCUUGGUGAACCUGUUGCUUCUUUUAUUCGGUACAUGUUAUAUGUGACAACAAAAUGUUUACUUCUGCAGCACCUGCUUGUUCAGUUUUCUGUUUAAUAAUAGAAGCUGCGUGCCACGUUCCAUCAUAAGUGCUGAUUUCUGGAGCUUGAUGUUCCAGGCCUGAAAGGAUGGUUGCAAACAAACUGCUACAAUGUGAAUUUAUUUUUGGAUUGCACCAACUUGUUGUAUUCAGAUUCAUAACCACCGUGCCAUUAGUACACCAUAAAUGUUAUAUUUUUUGACCAACUUUUUUGUAUGUUUUUAUACAUUUUGUAUUGACUAGUACUUUGUGGUUUUUAAAAUAAACUUUUUUGUACAAUCA